CCACAGCCUGCCUACACCGUCUGUGGGUCCUUUGCUGCGCAUAGUCUUUACACUUCCAUUCCCUACUAUAUUUUCCUGGAUAGCUUCUUGGAUACUUACCCUUACUGGGUGGCGAAGGAAGCAGCUUGAGACUGUAUACGUAACUUGGACCCACAGACAGCCUCUGCUACCGCUACAGUACUAUACUUGAGACCUGCCCCCGGGGCGCUGACUAGGGAUGGCCGUGAUGACCUACAAUGCUUCCAAGACCGUCACUCGUCCUGUCCUCGUUAAUGGCAUGCGGGCAUGCUGGGUCCUCGUCAUCCUUUGGUGCGAGCUGGGUACUUUCUCCUGGAGUCUCCGGGACUGCGCUUGGCCAGACGCGUUACUGAGCACGCGUAGUGCAGCAGUGCAGCCCGAGCAUGUGUUGGUGAUCGCGGAUCCCCAGAUCCUGGACCACCGGUCGUACCCCGGGCGGAACUUCCUACUCACACGACUGAGCCAGUUCAUCGUCGACUGGAAUAUCAGGAAAAGCUGGCGGGUGACGACGAAGCUGCGCCCGGAUGCGGUCGUGUUCCUGGGGGACAUGAUGGACGGCGGGAGGUUCGAUAUGCCAGCUAGUGAAUACGAAGCGUACUUUGCGCGAUUCAAAAGUACAUUCAAACUCCCGGGCACGGUGCCCGUUUAUUACCUUCCGGGCAAUCACGACAUUGACUUAGGCGAAUCGGAAUAUUUCUCGAAAUAUGCGAGAGAUCGAUUCGUGACCCACUUCGGGCCUCUCAACCAGCAAGUAUCAAGGGGGAACCACACGCUUGUUCUCCUGGACACCCCCUCUCUGGUCAACGAAGAUCGAAACCGUGCCGAGCUUGGGAUGAGCUACGAUCAGUGGACGGCCACUCCGGGCGGCACUGCACAGUUCGUGCAAUACCUCCGUCCAGAUCAUCACAAGAACGGGAUUGUUAUGUUCACGCACAUCCCGCUGCAUCGACCGGACGGCUCGUCGUGCGGCCCGUUGCGCGAGAGCGGGACGAUCCGCCGAGGGUCGGGCUUUGGGUACCAAAACACGCUCAGCGAAUCGGCGACUAGGUUUCUGCUCGACCAUGUGCAGCCCAUGCUCACACUAAGUGGCGACGACCACGACUACUGCGAGUACACCCAUACGUUGGUCCCGUCGGAGAGCAGGUCGUCCGAGCGGGCGCAUGUGCGCGAGGUGACUGUCAAGUCGUUCUCGAUGGCGAUGGGCGUCCGCCGGCCUGGGUUCCAGCUGCUUUCCCUGGCGGCACCGAAGAGGAAUAAUGCCUACUCGAGCGCCCCCAAGGGAGAAACGGUUGCAGAUCGCCCGUGUCUGCUCCCGGAUCAAUUGGGGAUCUACCUGUCGGUUUACGUCCCGCUGCUGGUGCUGUCGCUACUGGUCCUCCUGCUGUUCAGGCUCUUUCGACCCGACGAUCACCACCGCCACCAUUCGAGUUCGACGCAUCGUCGGAGUAACUCGAUCUCUCAACAUCGAAAUAGCGAUGAUGUGCGAUUGGCGGACGAAGACGAGUCGGAGGCGUACCUGCUUCCCACCGUCCGAGGGCCCAACGGUUCCGCCCCUACGUUCCCCGCGCAUCCCCCGCGCUCACAUCAACGAGAUCUGUCGUUUACUUUCACGCUGGGCGGCCAGCACAGGCGUUUGAGGGUGCCGCUGGUGUGCCUGGGCAUGAGAAGAGACAUGCGGGGAGAGAGAGGGAUGGUCAGGGCGUUCGCGCAGGAUGUCGUCGAUGUGGCCUGGCCUCCGCUGCUGCUAUUUAUGUUGCUUGCUGUGUGGAUGUUCCGAUAG